AUCUGUGUCCGAUCAUGGCACCGGCUGCUUGGGGAACAGCGCUGUGCGGUCAGAGCUGCCCUGACGAUCGGUGCCCAGCAGUGCCACCCACCAGUUCCACGCACCUGUGCCCAGCAGUGCACCCACCUGUGCCACCCAGCAGUGAAACACACCUGUGCCCAGCAGUGCCACCCACCUGUGUCCACCAGUGCCACCCACCUGUGUCCACCAGUGCCACCCACCAGUGCCCAUCAGUGCAGCCCAGCAGUGCCGCCAGUUAGUGCCACCUGUCAGUGCCCAGCGGCUGUGCCAGUCAGUGCCCAGCAGUUGCGCCAGUCAAUGCCUAGCAGUG